AUGGGCCGUAAAGCUGCACCGCAGCCGCUUUCGUUGGGGGAAUCUGUGCGCCCCAGCGACGGGUCUCGUGCUGCUGGUGAGACAGUUCCCCAUUCUGCAACGUCGCCCCGAUCACCGCGCUCGCCUACAAGGCACGUCCAGACCGAAGAAGAGUGCGUCGCCGUCGGGGAGCCCAUGCCGCUUGCCGAUGUCUUGCAUCAACCCCGGAAGUCGCCAAACCUUCGCGAAGAGCCUCAGCAGCAGCAGCGCCCUGACGAAGCCCGCGACCCGCCGCAGCCGUCGCCAAGAGGAGGAGGAGGAGGAGGAGGCCACUCGGUGGACCAACAACAGCAGCUGGGCCACAGGCACCGGCGGCGCGGUGACGACAAGGCCUCGAAGUCGGGCUUCUUCUUUAACUUUGGAAAGUCGACCAAGCCAUCAGACCGUCCCGUCGUGCACCAAUAUCCGGAUUCCCGCGCCGAAACCAUGUCGAGAGACGCGGACCGCCUCCCGCUCUCUAAACAAAGCACGAAGCAUUCAGACUCUUCCUCCUCAUUGCAGAAACCGAACACACCCCUGCCAUCCCGAUCCGAAGUGUCCCUAGCUUCAACGGUAGACUAUGAUAGCGCGGGUAAUUCGCUAGCCUCGUCAAAGAAGUCCAGCAAGCCCAAGCCCUUUAAUCUACUUGGGCGUACAAGGUCGUUCAAAGACAGGGAUAACAAGGACAGCCCGAGUCCAAAAGAACACGCCCCGAUACCGGUUCCGGUGCCGCCGCCGCCAAAAGCCGCCGAGCCUGAGCGACCCUACACUUCUGCCGCAGCAGCGCCGAGAACUGCCCCGCUCCAGGCACGCGACCGGUCUUUCCGGGAGAUGAUGUCGGCGGUCAGGAAUAAUUCCGCCGAGCGGUCCCAGCACAGGGAAAUCAGCGGGAAGGGAAGGGAUCAGGAGAAAGACCACCACCAGAGGCAGCCUCAUGGUUACACCCAGACACCCGGCGGAGCCUUUUUCAGCAACUUGAAGCACAGCAAGACAGUGGGCAUCAUAAGCAACCGCUUGUUUGGCGGGGGCUCAAGGCAUGAGGCGCCGGUGCCCAAGGAGCCGGUGGUAGAUGAUGAACACUAUGUGCUCAAGGUCAUCAACCUCCCACUUGUUGAACAAACGCGCCUUACGCGGAUAUCGAAGAGACUCGAGGAUUCUAGGGAUAAAACCGAGUUCUGGAUGCCCGCGUUUCCCUGGAGGGCGAUAGACUACCUGAAUUACAAGGGCAGCGAGGUGGAGGGUCUGUACCGCGUCCCCGGGAGCGGCCCACAGAUCAAGAAAUGGCAGCGAAAGUUUGACGAGGAACUGGAUGUGGACCUGUUUGAACAGACAGACCUCUACGACAUCAACAUCAUCGGCUCCAUGCUGAAGGCGUGGUUGCGAGAGCUUCCCGACGAGCUUUUCCCCAAGGAAGCCCAGGACAGGAUCUCAAGGGAAUGCGCCGGCGCAGAGAAGGUGCCGCAGCUACUCAUCGAGGAGCUCUCUAACCUACCGCCCUUCAACUACUACCUUCUCUUCGCCAUCACCUGCCAUCUAAGCCUCCUCCUCGCCCACUCCGAGAAGAACAAGAUGGACUUUCGCAAUCUGUGUAUCUGCUUUCAACCAUGCAUGAAGAUCGACGCCUUCUGCUUCAAGUUCCUGGUCUGUGAUUGGCGCGAGUGUUGGAAGGGUUGUAAAAACGAGGCCAAGUACAUUGAGGAGGAAUAUGCCCUCUUUGACCAGCCCCCUCCCAAGGCCGCGAGCGAUCGCGAAAAGAAUGGCGCCGGAAAGGUUGAAAUAGUUGAGCCGAUUGACGAGAAGGCCGAGAAGCUUGAAGAGGAAAAGCAGGAAGAGCGGAACAUCUCUUCCUCAGACAGCAGCAAGAGCCCAAACAGCGGGGAGGCCGAACAAAAAGGGCGACUGAAGAAGCCGUUGGCCGAGAGCGAGAGCGCCGAGACGAGCUCGACAAUAUCAACAACACUCACGUACAACAGCGAGCACGAGACACCACCAAGGAAGCCCAGCGACCUGCGGCCGCUUUCACCGAUCAAGCCGCUGUCGCCACUGAAUUUCUGA